AUGCUCUUCGUGGAUCUACUCAACGGAGUGAACAUAAAUUACAAAAGGAGGGUCCCCAUAUGUAAAAGACUAACGAGAAAUGCAGAAUAUCUCUCAAAUCAACCCCUGCAUGCGAACCGAAACGUAGAACAAAUCUCAUCAAAAAAUGGGGAAGCAUCCAUCACAACUCAUCACGACGACAAAGAUGAAAACAUUUUGCAACAAUACAUUUAUACCCUAUCCCACUUAACCAUCUUCGAUGCCUGCCUAGCAUCCCACAAUUACAUCAAAAAUGUAGAGAUUUUCACCUCUGACGUUAAGAACAAAGAAAUCUGUUCAUUCAUUUACGAAAACAGAAAUGACUUUGAUACCUUCUUCAAACAGCAUGUAAUGAAGUACGUAGACUUUUUUGGAAAUCCCCAAAUUAUGGAAACGCUAAAAUCGUACAUUGAUAAUAAGGAGGUGUAUCAGCGAGAAUUAGAAAUAUUUAACCAAAUCGAUGGAGACACUAAAGUGAGGAAAGAUCUACUAGAAGACAUACUAUUUGAAUGCACACGGCUGAACAAAAUCAUUCAAUAUUCCCUUGCAGUUAACAAGUUUGAUUUAUUUUCCCCUACAGUUAUGCUCAAACUAUUUAUGUACUUUAAAAAUUAUGGGAUAUAUUACUACAUAUUUGUGAAUAACAUUAAGAGGAUUAAAUAUUAUUACGAAACGAAGGAAUUACGUGAGGAAGACAAAAGGAAGAUAGAAAAAAUUGUCGACCAUUAUUUGCUCACCUUGGAUCGGUUUAACGAUAUGUAUGAGGCUGGCCAUGCGAUGCCAUGA